UUUAAGUUUCAAAAUUCUGCAUAGUUAAAUAUUAUUUUAACAUUUUUAUUUCUCAAAACAAGAUGGUUUUGAAUUAAAAAAAUAAGGUCGGUUUAAGCUAUCUGUGCUUUUGAAAUUUAAGUUGGCAACACUGUUCUGGUCCCUGGUCACUUUAACCAGAAACAUAUUUUUUUAAAUAUUUUUUGUAAAUUCAGUACCUGUCAAUUGUUAUUGUUAAGAAAGCUAGUUGAGACACUUCUGUGACAAGGCCAAAUUUAAUUAAUUCACACUUAAUUACAAUUAAUUGAAAAUCUCGCCCACUCAACUCUAUUAUCUCUCCACCACCGAUACCAUCAACAUUAUCGAUCGGAACCAAAAUAAACACUUUUCAAACUUGGCCGAUAGCCAGAAUAAAAAUACGAUGCACUUACAAUUUUACAAACACAAGUGUUUUAUUGAUAAUUUUGUGCGCACCCUCGAAUUUGCGACUUUCAGACGCCGCUGAAACUGAAACUCGCUCCGCAGCGUCGAGAUGAAUCUUAUUUAUCUAUUGAUCGGCCUGUUUUUCCGACACGUGUCGUGUUUUUCAUCAUACAAGCACGAAAUUGAGAAUUUUAUUUACAGCAGGUGUAAGAACAACACCGAUUCUGAAAUUUCAAACGAAAUCAGGAAACGACUCAACGACACUUACAACGAGUUUCACACCGAAUUGAAGGACGACAAACAGAAUUUUUGCGCAGAUAAUAAAAAUAAACUGAGUGGAAAAAUGAAAGAAAUCACCACCGACAUGAAGUCCUGUUUCUCCAACCUCGAGGAGCGAUAUUUACCCCUUUUUAUGGCUUAUGGAUUCGCCCAUUUUAUGGAAUUUGUGUGUGGGAAUCGCACGAUUGAAAUUUUUUUCAGUCCGCAAGGACGCGAUUGUCAAGAUGCGCUGAAAACGUACCGAGAUGGGCAUGAAAUUGAAAAUUGCUUGCAGGAAUUGCACAAAAUGCUCCACAGGAAAGUUCUAAGCGAAGAAGUGUUGUGUCAGGAUUUGAAAUCGAGUGAAGAAUGUUUUGUCAAAGCGAUAAAUGACGGAUGUCCACAUUUUAAGGCUUUUGAGGCUUUGGCGACUAAUUUGUUCCGGUCAUUGGGAAUGAAGUGCAACACAGGAUGGGGGCUUCAAGCGAGUGGGGCUGUGGUGGCAAUUGCAGCAGUUUUGAGUCUAAUUUGCGAUUUUGUUAAUUAAUUAAUUAAACAAUGCCUUCAAACUACUGUUCAGCACACAACUCAUUUCAUAGUUCUUUGUCUAAUUUUUGAGGUAAUUUUUAAAAAACAAAUAUUUCAAGGGUUUUGUCCUGUUUUUUUAUUAAUCCUAUUAAAAA